AUGCUUGCCGGAGGAAUGAGGUUUGCUAGUGCCGAUGCUGGAACUGAGGCCGCCGGCCGGCGACAUGAUGGUGUCGGCUGCCGUCGGAGGGGCGGCAAUGGUGGUAGCCGCCGGUGGCAUGGAGACUGCUGCAGUUUGGGAAUUGUGAUGGGCUGGGAGUGGGCUAAGGGAACUGGUAAGGGGGUGGAAUGGCUACCUAAUUCUUCAAUGGCGACCUUCAAUGAAGCUCCGCCUGGCGAUUUCAAAACCGGUGAGAAGAUCUUCAAGACCAAGUGCGCGCAGUGCCAUACCGUCGACAAGGGCGCUGGCCACAAACAGGGUCCCAACUUGAAUGGCCUUUUCGGAAGACAGUCUGGUACUACACCUGGUUAUUCAUACUCAGCUGCCAACAAGAACAAGGCCGUGAACUGGGAAGAGCAUACACUUUAUGACUACUUGCUUAAUCCUAAGAAGUACAUACCUGGAACUAAGAUGGUCUUCCCUGGAUUAAAGAAACCUCAAGAACGUGCUGAUCUGAUUGCAUAUCUCAAGGAAGCUACUGCUUGA